ACCACUUCCCCUUCCCCAGCAGAGCAGAGCAGACCAACCGCUUGUCGCGAGCCGCCCGAAGCUUCGGGCCCUGACGCGUGGGCCCCGACCGCGCCCGCCCCCGCCCCCGCGUCGCCGGGCAUGGCGGGGCAGCCGCCGCCGCCCGGGGGCUCCGAGGACGACUUCCUCGAGCACUUCUUCGCCUUCCCCUCCGCGGCCUCCGCCGCCGCCGGGGGACACGCGGGCGCCGGUGCCGGCGGGGACCACCCCUUCCCCCUCGCCCUCAGCCUCGACGCCGCCGCCGAGCCCAAGCCGGACCGUGACCCCGUGCAGCUCGCCGGCCUCUUCCCGCCGGUGUUCGCUGGCGCCGGCGGCGUGCAGCAACCGCACCUCCGCGGCCCACCGCCUCCGCAGAUGUUCCAGGCGCAGCCGAAGCCGGGCGAGGGAGGCAUGGCGCCGCAGCCGCCAGCCCCACGGCCCAAGGUGCGCGCGCGGCGGGGGCAGGCCACCGAUCCCCACAGUAUCGCGGAGAGGCUAAGGAGAGAGAGAAUUGCAGAAAGGAUGAGGGCAUUGCAGGAAUUGGUCCCCAACACAAACAAGACAGAUAGGGCAGCUAUGCUAGAUGAGAUCCUUGAUUACGUGAAGUUUCUUAGGCUUCAAGUAAAGGUUUUGAGUAUGAGCAGACUUGGUGGUGCUGGUGCAGUUGCACAGCUGGUUGCUGAUAUUCCACUCUCAGUUAAGGGUGAGGCAAGCGACAGUGGGAGCACACAGCACAUAUGGGAAAAGUGGUCAACUGAUGGCACAGAAAAGCAGGUAGCGAAGCUGAUGGAAGAAGACAUCGGGGCAGCGAUGCAGUUCCUUCAAUCCAAAGCGCUAUGCAUGAUGCCGAUCUCGCUUGCAAUGGCAAUCUACGACACCCAACAUUCCCAGGAUGGCCACUCACUGAUGAAGCCUGAGCCCAACACAUCCUCGUAGUAUAGUAACAUCAACCCUAGCGUGCAUUUCAACCCCCUAAUACUAUUAGGCACCGAUAUAUCCAAAAAAAAAAAGUGUAUGAUAUACGGAGCGUUCCAAUGUGCUAACCGUGAGAUAGGAAAGGACCUUAAAUUGGUAUAUGAUGUAGCCUCCCCUUUCCCUAUUUUAUUUCAAAUCAAAGCAGCCUUGGUUGCAAGGAUAUAUGGUAAGCUCAAUAUAUUCUGCUCAUGCUCAUGCUCA